AUGAAUUUUAUUAUUGACACGCAAGGAGCUACAAAUUUAGCUGAAAAAAGUUCAUUUAUUGACAGUGAUGAUGAAUUUGAUAUUGAAAAUUUAAAUGUGGAGCUUCCAGAAACUUCAACAAGUUCUAAAAAGUCCAAAAAAUCAGCAGAAUCUGUCCUAGAAUCGCUGGACUCUUUCAUGGGCUGGACGGAAGAACCAAAAAAGUCACCCAGCUUGGUCCCAGAUGUAUCAGCACCUUUAAAUACAAUAUCAUCUUCAUCAUCAUCAAAAGAAGUGGAUGACCUUCUAAAAAAAUCAGUAGUCCAACCGGGGUUCGAGAAACUGGAGUCAGUCCCGAGGUACGACGAAAGCCGCCGAAGAUUGACCAUCCAGCGUAAAAAGGAGCGCGAAAAGACCAAAGGAACCAAAUGGUUCAACAUGCCAGCCCCAGAAAUGACUGCUGAGGUCAGACACGACCUCCAGGUGAUCCAGAUGCGGUCCGCUCUCGACCCGAAGCGCUUUUACAAGAAGAACGACAUCAAGGCUCUGCCGAAGUACUUCCAGAUCGGGAAAGUUGUUGACUCGCCUUUGGACUAUUACAGCGGAAGACUUUCUAAUAAGGAACGCAAGAAGACUCUCGUUGAUGAGCUGAUGGCUGAUGCCGAGUUUGCCAAGUAUAAUAAGAGGAAGUUUAAGGAAAUUGUUAAGGAAAAUCCCGUUGGGAUGAGAAAAGCUCAUGCGCAUGCUAAGAGACUCAAGAAAAGAAAAUAA